CCUGGCCCGGAACUAGAUCUGAACUUGGAGGAGGAGAGAGGACAAGGACACUCGCGUUUACUCCGAACACCGUGUUUGUGACAGGCAGUAUAGGGCUCUCCUCUACCUUGACAGGUGUUCCGGUAGCUACAUUGCUUUGCUGCAGACAUGCUUUGUAGAGUCAGCCUGUGCGGCAGGUCCAGCUUUAAACUUGUUCCAGCCUUGGGAUGCCUUCUUUCAAGACAGAAGCAUACUUUGCCUGACUUGCCUUAUGAUUAUGGAGCAUUACAACCACAUAUUAAUGCUGAGAUAAUGCAGCUCCACCAUAGUAAACAUCAUGCUGCUUACGUAAACAACCUAAAUAUUGCAGAAGAAAAAUAUGCAGAGGCUCUGGCUAAAGAGGAUGUGACUGCCCAGGUCUCUCUUCAACCGGCACUUAAGUUUAAUGGUGGUGGGCAUAUAAAUCACACAAUUUUCUGGACAAAUCUUUCACCCAAUGGGGGUGGAGAACCUCAAGGUGAGCUGCUGGAAGCCAUAAAGCGUGAUUUUGGUUCAUUUGAGAAAUUUAAGGAAAAACUGUCUGCCUUAUCUGUUGGAGUGCAAGGAUCAGGAUGGGGCUGGCUAGGUUUCAACAAAGACACCAGUCGUCUCCAAUUGGCUGCCUGUGCUAAUCAGGAUCCUCUACAAGGAACAACAGGUCUUAUUCCCCUCCUUGGAAUUGAUGUUUGGGAGCAUGCUUACUACUUACAGUAUAAAAAUGUGAGACCAGACUAUAUGAAAGCUAUCUGGAAUGUAGUCAACUGGGAGAAUGUAACAGAAAGAUACCGUUCUGCCAAAAAAUGAAGAUUUUUCCAUCCAUCAUGUCUUCUGUAAUCCGUAGAAGCCAUUGUAAUUCUUUGUUGAAUUUUAGAUGUUUAAUUUAGUCACUUAUUUAAAGAAAGCUGUUUAAAAUGCUUCUGUCGCUCAGUUUAUUGAAGUAAAAGCACUUACUGGCAGUUGUUCCCUAAUUGUCUCAUGCAGACUCCUAAUUAUGUUAUGAAAUGUUGGAUGCAUAUCAAUAUAUCUGGAAAUGA